AUGAGGCAGUGUAAUUUCUUUCUGUGGCUUGAUCUGAGAGGAAUGCUGCUCUUUAUUUUUACUGUUCUCCUGGUAGUGUAUUUUCGGAACAAAAAGGACCCACCUAACUUUCCCCCGGGACCACCAGCUCUUCCUCUUUUAGGAAACGUCUUCAGCAUUGAACCUAAACAGCCUCACAUUUACUUAACCAAGCUAGCUGAUGUUUAUGGGAAUGUGUUCUGCAUACGUUUGGGAAGACACAAAACAGUGUUUGUGUCUGGGUGGAAGAUGGUGAAGGAAGCCAUAGUGACACAGGCUGACAACUUUGUGGAUCGGCCUUACAGCCCGAUGGUGAACAGAAUUUAUUCAGGGAACUCAGCAGGUCUUUUCUUCAGCAACGGGAGGGUGUGGAGGAGACAGCGGCGUUUUGCCAUGGCCAUGUUACGUACCUUCGGUCUGGCCAAGAGCUCCAUGGAGCAGAGCAUCUGUGAAGAGAGCCGACAUCUGCAGGAGGCGAUGGAGAGGGAGAAAGGUGAACCCUUUGACCCUGUGCCCCUCUUAAACAACGCUGUGGCCAACAUCAUCUGCCAGAUAGUGUUUGGGAGACGGUUUGACUACAGUGAUCACACCUUCCAGAGCAUGUUGAAGAAUCUGACUGAGAUGGCCUAUUUGGAAGGCUCCAUAUGGGCUCUAUUAUACGAUGCUUUCCCAGCACUGAUGAAACACCUACCAGGGCCUCACAAUGGCAUCUUCAGCAACUCCAAAUCUUUGGAGGAAUCUAUCAGGAGAGAAAUAGAGAGGCACAAGUUGGAUCUGGACCCCAGCAACCCACGGGAUUACAUUGACACCUUCCUGAUAGAAGAGAAACACAACAAACGCAGCGAACAGGGCUUUGAGGAAGGAAACCUGGUUUUGUGUUGUCUGGAUCUGUUCCUGGCUGGCAGUGAAACCACUUCAAAGACUCUGCAGUGGGGCCUCAUCUACCUCAUCAAGAACCCUCAUAUCCAAGACAAAGUCCAGGCAGAGAUAGACGCAGUGAUUGGACAGACCCGGCAGCCCACAAUGGCCGACAGACCCAACCUGCCAUACACUGACGCCAUCAUCCACGAGAUCCAGAGGAUGGGAAACAUUGUCCCUCUCAACGGAUUCAGGAUGGCUGCCAAGGACACGACACUGGGCAGUUACGUCAUACCAAAGGGAACCUCUGUGAUGCCCAACCUGACCUCUGUGCUGUUUGACAAGACUGAAUGGGAGACUCCCUACGCCUUCAACCCCGGACACUUCCUCGAUGCCGAGGGAAAGUUCGUGAGGAGGGAGGCAUUCUUACCUUUCUCUGCGGGAAAGCGUGCAUGUCUGGGGGAAGGCCUGGCGAGAAUGGAGCUGUUCUUGUUUUUCGUCACUUUGUUUCAGAAGUUUAGUUUUUCCACUCUGGACGGAGUCGAGCUGAAAACAGAAGGAAUCAUUGGAGCCACGCGCACGCCACACCCCUUUAAGGUCUACGCCAAGGCCCGCUGAACCUGUGACCUCUCUGAUCUGAUGAUGGAGGCACAAGGAAAUAAAAUAAAAAAUAGUUUAUGAAGGGGAGCCAUGGCAUGCUCUUUGUUUUGCCACAACACAUAAUGAAAUAAUGUGUGACUGUGUGAUGAAUUACCCUCAGACCGAACAUCAUUAUUCAAAAAAUAUCUCGUCAGUCAUGUCUAUUAUUUCCCACUUGUCACUACUUAGUAAUGAUUUGAGUUGGACUGUUGGACACUGUGAAAAUAAAUGUCAUAAAGAAUUUACCUUCAUUCAGUGUAUUGUAUGGUCGGAUCUGUCUUGACAGGGGUUGAUUUGUAAAUUGCUUCUCCAUUGUCACAUGCGAAGGUGCUGAGGUAAUUUCAUCUUUGGACCCAAAGUGACGCUGAU